AAACCACCCAUUAUUUACCCAAAAUUCCCCCCCAAAAAAUCAACUCCAUUGCCCAACAGUGCAAUCUCCCCCCCCCCCCCUCCUCUCAUCAUAAACCUCUCUUUCUCUCUCUAAAACACACUCUCUCUCUAGGUGGGGGCUAGAGGAGAUAAACCAUUCAUGGGCAAUUCCCUCCCUUCUUCUCACUCCUCUGAUCUGUUGAUAAAAAGUUGACAAGUGAGAGUGAGAGAGAGGGAGAUGGAUGAAAUCUAUGGGCUUCACUCUGCAAUUGGUUACUCAUCAGCAGAAGGUUCAGCAGGCAUGGGGUCCUCGUUGCCACCUGAGAGUCUAAUUGCUGCCGCCGGAGAUUAUCUAUCUUCCUAUGUUUUCAACAGGGAUAAGAUUGGCGGCAGUGGUGGGGCUGCGGCCGGUGGCGGCAUGGAGCAACUGGCUGAGCUUCCACCGGCGACAGGCGAGAAUUCGAUUUCGGAGGUCUACGGCCAGGAAGUGGCCACCUCCAUUAAGGCGAAAAUAGCGACCCACCCUCGCUAUCCUACCUUGCUUGAAGCUUACAUAGAAUGCCAAAAGGUUGGGGCACCACCAGAAAUAGCUAACCUGUUGGAGGAGAUCAGGCGUGAAAAUCACAACUAUGCAUGUAAUUCUAAUUCAGUAACUGGGUGUUUAGGAGCUGAUCCAGAGCUGGACCAGUUCAUGGAAUCUUACUGUGAGGUUCUGGUGAAGUAUAAAUCUGAUCUUGCUAAGCCUUUUGAUGAGGCCACGACAUUUCUCAACAAGAUAGAGAUGCAGCUUAACAAUCUUUGCAGUGGGUCUUCUAGGACUUGUGCUUCAGACGAACUAGCUGGAUCAUCUGAUGAUGAAUUGAGCGGUGGGGAGAUUGAUUUACAGGAGACGCGGUCAAGGGGAGAGGAUAGGGAGCUGAAAGACAAGCUUCUGAGGAAAUACAGUGGGUAUUUGAGCAGUCUCAAGCAAGAGUUUUCGAAGAAGAAGAAGAAAGGGAAGCUGCCCAAAGAAGCUAGGCAAACCUUAUUGGACUGGUGGAAUAUCCACUACAAAUGGCCAUAUCCUACGGUCGAGGAUUCUUUGAACUUCAUUUCCUUAUCCUUUUUCUCUCACUCGGAAAAGGAAUCUGAUAAGAUAGCUUUGGCGGAGUCGACAGGGCUCGAUCAGAAGCAGAUUAACAAUUGGUUCAUAAAUCAGCGAAAGCGCCAUUGGAAACCAUCUGAGAAUAUGCAGUUUGCUGUUAUGGACACUCUCUCUGCUCCCUUCUAUGUUGAUCACUGAGUCCCUCACUCUCACUCUCUCUCUCUGUAUAUUCACUUGGACAUGGUAGUAACCCAAUCAAUCAAAAAUGAUCAGAAAAUUCUAGUUUCA